CCCAAUUUGCUGUGAAAACGCUCGUGACGCUCGCGAUAUGGCAUUACAGUUGCACAACGUGCUGCUCUUUUAGAAGAUAUCGUGUCAAAUUAUUCACGGGGUGCAUAAUGUCGCAGUACAGCAAUAAGAAAAAGAGAAUUGAAAAACUAAAUGAACACAAGGCUUUUGAGUUGCUUUGGAUUAAACUAGUUUACAUGGAACGACGAAUGGUAGGCAUUGUCUGGAAUGUCAUUAUGGAGCAGAACAGCCUUCAAGAUCAGAAUCAAAAUUACACAGUGCCGAGGAACAUGUUAGGAUAUGGAUUCUAUUCAUUGAUGUCAAACUUCCUCAUCGAGAAAAAGAUCGGCCGUGGUCAGUUUAGUGAGGUCUAUAAAGCCACUUGUCUACUGGACAACCAGCAAGUGGCACUAAAAAAAGUAGAUUUCUGUGAAAUGAUGGAUGCUAAAGCCCGGCAGGACUGCAUUAAAGAGAUCGACUCGUUAAAGCAACUGAACCAUCCAAACAUCAUUAAGUAUUUGGACUCGUUUAUAGAAGGAAACGAGCUGUAUAUUGUUUUGGAGUUAGCAGGCGCUGGUGACCUUUCACAGAUGAUUAAGUAUUUUAAGGAAAAGCGGAAGUUGAUUUCUGAACGAGCGAUAUGGAAGUAUUUUGUGCAGCUGUGCAGCGCGCUGGAACACAUGCACUCACGCGGAGUCAGGCAUCGACAUAUAAAACCAGCCAACGUCUUCAUCACAGCUACUGGAGAGGUCAAACUCGGUGACCUUGGGCUAGAUCGAUUCUUUAGCUCCAGAUCUGCUGGGCCCUCUUUUGUUGGAAAUCCAUAUUACAUGUCUCCCGAGAGGAUUCAUGAAAACGCCUACAACUUCAAAUCACACAUCUGGUCCUUGGGUUGCUUGCUUUAUGAGAUGGCAGCUCUGCAGAGCCCCUUCUACAGUGACAAGAUGAACCUGCUCUCAUUGUGCCACAAGAUCGAACAGUGCGAUUACCCUCCUCUGCCUUCAGAGCACUACUCACAGAAGCUCAGAGAUCUGGUCAGUAUGUGCCUCAACCCAGAUCCUGACCAGCGGCCCGACAUCAGCUUCGUCCUGCAGUUCGCCAAACAGAUGCACGACCUGCUUAAAAUAGAACCGACACCCGACCCGCACCCGAAAUCAAAUCAGUUAAGCCAAUCACAUUAGACACACUUUUUUUUAAUUUUAUUGUCAGGUCAUACAGAUGUUAUUUAUGGAAAACUCUUUUUAAAAGAUAUUCGUUUUUCAUACAUUUUAUCUUAAUUUUGAUCAAUGUUUUAUCAAUCAUUGCCCGUAUUUAAUUAAUAAGAAGCAAAUAUAUAGCAGACAAUGUAAUAAUCUUAGUGUAAUUGACAGAAUUACUAAAAAAUAUUUUGCUACCUAAAUGUUAAAUAUUUUUUGUGUCACACAUGCAUGCAUGUCUAUUUCCCUCAUAUGAAAUAUAAAACGCAUGUGGACUGAUAUUUUUCCAAUGUCUGGACUCCUUUAUUAAUGGAGUAUAUAAACAGACGUUUCAAUAUAUUGGUAUUAAAUGCAUUUUCUGGCAAUUUAUAUUUCACGUUUUUACUGCAAAUGUCGAAAUACGUGCUCUUUGGUACAUCAGUGCUUGAGUCACUGAUCACAUUAGAAUAAAAUCUCUCAUAAUAAAAUACAAAAUUGACUGAUUUAUGAAUAUCCAUAGUUCUCAUAAGUCAGAAAUACAGAUAAACGCUUUCAUUUGUUGUAGUUUUGAUCCUGAAAGAAAACAGAACAACAAAAGAGCGAAUCAUACCACCGUCUGAGGUUGUGCUUCAAGUCGAACGCACCCAUUUUUAAAUCGUUCAGAGCUGAGCAUCGCGAGAAGCGGAUCUGCGCCAGAGUGCACAUGUGAAUGAAAUGCAGUCAUUUUCAGAUGCAAUAAAAAAAUAAAAAUAAAAAAUCCCAGGAUAGCCUAGAUUAGGCCCAUAUUCACAAAUGUGUUAGCUAUGGAAUGAAAUAUCUGAUAUUCCGAUUGUCAAAUACAUGCAGGUGGAAGUUAAUUGUUGUCUAAACACUUUAUAAUGAUUGCGUUAGUUGAGCUGUAUGCGCGAUAUAAUUUUAUGACACAAAUUUUGAAAUAGGCUUAAAUCAAACACAUUUUAAUUCUGAUUCUGUGUAUAUAUAUAUAUAAGAAAACAAAAACAACGGGGAAAAAAACAGCUGGCUGAUCUUUUACGUCUGUUAAUUAACUAAUGACUCAUGCAGCCGUUCACUCGGUUGUGAUUUAAAAAAAAAAAACGGAACGUAGGCCUAUUUUUACGUUUGCACGUGACUGAUUUGAACCCGUGUUUAGACCCGUCUUUCCCCUGUGUCCGACCCGACCUGCACCCGUAUCAGACACAGUUGGAUAUUUUUCACCCGUUUCAGCCAAAUUUGCGGGUCACCCGUCGUGCAGGACUCUACGUCCAGCAUCUGAUACACACACACACCUGCAGCAAUGAGGAGAACCAUUGUGCAAACCUGUGAUCUCUUCUGCGCUCUCAGUCCAACUGAUCAAGCUUUAGAAAGAUCUAGAAUUGAGUAAGGAGGGAAUGCCAACAGUGUCUAUGCUGCUUUAAGAUGAGCGUUUCUCUAGAUUUGUAUUGAAGGGAAUACCAAUAUAUUCUGUUGUGCCUUCAAAUGAUGUUUCACAGUGCUGUAUGCUGAUUGGUUUAGAGAAAGUUGGUUAGGUCAGGUGACCAGUGCCUCAUGUUGAUGAUGUCAAAGCAAGGUGGUUCUAUUUAUACAUACUUUUACUGUAGGCUUAUAUUCAUAACAGCAUUUAAAGAGCCUUAGAUUUCAUUACUUAUCUCUCUCUGUUUCUGAUACACACACACACACACACACAUACAAUUGUUGAGUGUUUUGUGAGGAAACACUUGUGUUGGAUGGUGGGUUCAGCAGUUUUGUCCUCUGGUCAAAUAUCUACCAAAAGAAAGUAUUCAUUGUAUCCUAAGAGAUUUUAUUUUUAAGGAAUUAUGAAGCAUUUGCUCAUGUUUAAAUGUGUAAUUAACUAUAAAAUGUAACUGGAAAUAUUGACUUUGUGACAGCUUUGUUUUGAAGGACAUCUGAAGCAUUUUAAUUAAUUUCCAUUAGUGCGGUUUAUAUUAGAUUUUCUGAAGAAAAAUUGCCCAAUUAUUAUGAAUUGAGAAUUUGUAUUAUCUACUACGGUUUCUCUUUAGCGCCCCCUGGUGAUAAGCAAAUAUAAGUACUAUCAUUUAUCACAUAAAACAUAAUACACUUAUUUGUAUUUCAACUCUUUUGCUAGUGUAAUUUGAGCAAAUCUGCAAGAGUUCAAUUUCAAAUAAAUGCUGUUCUUUUAAACUUAUCAAAGAAUACAAAUAAAUUGUUAAUGGAGAUGAUGAUUUUGCAAUUGUACUGUCUUGAUUAAUGCUUAAUUUGCUAUAAACAGAUAUACUGUAACCUAAGUAGUAAUAAUGCUUUUGCUUAAGUACAAAGAUGUAACCCUGUGAUGAAUGCUAUAUGAAAAAUGUAUUGUGUAACUUCACUAACAUUAAGAAAACUGCUUACUUGCAUGAAAUGUAUGUAGUGACUGAUUUAGAGUAGAAACACUUAUGUAUUAGAAAUAGUUUUUAUGAUAAAUGGACAAUAUAGUAGUUAAGGUGUAUUUCACAGACGGUUAAGAGGAAAAAGAAGAGGAAAAGGGCUAAAGCAAUGCGUAGUAAACAACUGAAAGCCUCGGCACAGGAGUUGGCAGCACUUCAGGUGAUGAUAUCAGAAGAACCAGCGUUCGACGUCUGUGUAUAAAAGACUGAGAGAGAGACGGAUACUGAACAAGCACAGUAUCCCUCGACGCCUGAUACCAGCUGAUUAUACCUUGAUUUUGUAACUUUACUAUAGUACUUUGAUAUAACUUUUGUUAACUUUAAUAAAACAUUUUAUUAUUGAUAA